AUGGAGGACCCGCUGCCGAGCACGAAUGGUCGCCUGGCCGGCCGCCAAGAGAGCGAUCCGGAUCUCCUCUCCAAGUCCCAAAUGUCGCCCUCGUCCUCCUCGGCCCGCUUCAAUGGCCUCUACGACACGUCUCGUCUCAAAUCCUACUUUCGCUCUCUCCUUCCCAUCCUACUCGACUCCGAUCCCACCGUCAUAGCGGAUCUGCUGCUCGACACGCCAACGUGGAAAGAGCAGGCAUCAGCUUUCGCCAGUGACCCCAGCAUCUCCACCGCCUACGUCAACAAGAUCCGACGUCAAGAUGUCUCUUCAGAUGCUCCCGAACACGAGCUCUUCGACUACCACAUGUCCACACAGGCGUCCUAUUCGUCGCUCCACGUCUCUAGCAUCGCCCUCAUCAAGCGCGUCUCGGUGCUCGAGCCAACCGUACCGUUGCCACACCAGCUCCAUGUGCUCACUCUUUCUGGGCCCGCUUCCGCCGCAGCCGCCGCCGCUGCUGCCGCCUCCGCCGCAGUAUCAGCAGCUUCCACCGAAGCAGGUGCAACAAAAUCACACGGCAUCACCAAUGCUACCCCGGCUAACAACGGCAGUGCUGCCAACGACGACGCCGAUGGCUCCGUUGACACUUCUUCCACCGUCCGAGAAAGCCCAUACGAAGCGCUGCACAGCGUCGUCCACAACGUCAUGUCGCCCUGGUUCGAUGCCUUUGUCGCCAGCAAAGCGCCCAAGGACAAGGCGCUUCUCUCCGGUUCAAAGACAAAGGACAACGAUACCAAGAUGGGCAUCCCCAUGGCAAAGCGCAAAUUUGCAGAGCUCGAACUCAGUCUCUUUCACCUUCAGCAGAAUGUCGAUAUCCCGGAUAUCAUCCUUAGCAUCCACCCAGUCGUACGUGCCGCCGUCGAUCGGUGCCACGCUUCCGGUACCCGCGUCAGCGUCGAAGCCAUCGAGCCUCCAUCGCUCCUUCAGGACUCGUCCUUCCUCAACAAGCUCCAGUCUGACGUCAACUCGUGGGUGAAAGAGGUUCAGACCAUCACCAAGCUCGACCGGAGCGUCGCCUCCGGCACCGCAUCCCAAGAGAUCAAUUUCUGGCUGUCAAUGGAGAAGGCGCAAGAGUCGAUCGAGCAGCAGCUCCGCUCCGAUCCCAUUGUCCUCACUCUCGACGUUCUCAAGCACGCCAAGCGCUUCCACGCCACGGUCUCGUUCCUCGCCGAUACGGGCCUCAAGGACUGUGCUGAAAAGACACACAACUACAACCUCUUGAUGAAGGAUUUCCCCAUCAAUGAGCUCCUCUCGGCCACCGACCUCGAUAAGUGCGCCGAUGCGCUGAGCGCCAUCUUCAAUCACCUCAACAAGAAGCUGCGCAUCAGUCCCUACCCCGUCAAACGUGCGCUACCCCUCGUCGAAGCCAUCAGUAGAGAUCUCAACGAUACACUGCUCAAGGUGCUCGCAUCGCAGCGCAUCAUGUGGCAGGAGUUUCCGCGUUUCUGGGAGACAAUCUCGGCGGCGGCCGAGGUGUUUCAAGUGUGGGACGAGCUUAUGAAGGAUUUCGUCAACAUUGCAAGAGAGGUCACCCGCAAGCGAUCCGAAAAGUUCUUGCCCAUCAAGAUCAACCCGGCCCACGCCAAGCUGCGCGAGCGUCUAAACUACAUUGGCGCUUUCCGCAAGACGCAUGAGCAGCUACGCGCCAUGGUCAGCUCGGGCAAGGGUCUCACCAUGCCUGGCGCCGUCAGCGCUGGCGUCACGGCUGCUUCCAACGACAGGCACGUUGCCACACAGAACCUCGCCGGUAUCGAGAUGAGCGAAGAGAUCCGCGCAGCGUACGAUCAGGUCAAAGUCAUCGACGUACUCGACGUUUCCAAUGAGGGCACCGAGAUCUGGACCACCGCCGAAGGCGCCUACAACGAGCGCGUGGCGCGCGUAGAGAACAGCCUCAUUGCACGUCUGCGCGACCUGCUUGGCCAGGCCAAGUCGGCACGAGAGAUGCUUCGCGUCCUCUCCCAGUUCAACAGCCUCUUUGUGCGUCCCAAGGUGCGAGGCGCCGUGCAAGAGUACCAGCAGCAGCUGCUCAACAGCGUCAAGUCCGACAUCAAGGCGCUUCACGACAAGUUCAAGGCACAGUACCGUCCUUCGGAAGCCAAUCACAUGAGUCAGUUGCGCGACGUUCCCGAGAUUGCUGGCGCCAUCAUCUGGGCGCGGCAGAUCGAACGGCAGCUCAACGUCUACAUGAAGCGCGUCGAGGACGUGCUCGGAAAGGGUUGGGAACUCUACGCAGAGGGCCAGAAGCUCCAGAACGAGAGCGAGACCUUCCGUCGCAAGCUCGACACCCGGCCGCUCUUUGACAGCUGGCUCCACGACAUCAACCGCAGAGACAUGAGCAUCGCCGGUCGUGUCUUUGACGUCACCAAGAAUCGUGCCGCGGGCAACGCGUUCCAGCUCAGCGUCAACUUUGACGGCCACACCAUCUCCAUCUUCAAAGAGGUACGCAACCUCAUCUGGCUCAACUUUCAGAUCCCUCACGCCAUCACCAACCUGGCCAAAGACGCCAAAAAGGUCUAUCCGCAUGCCGUGUCGCUCAUGGAGACAGUGCGUACGUACAACCAGACCUGCAAUUUAGUGCGCGCCAAUCCGGAAAUCACAUGCUUGAUCGCGCAGGUCUACGCCGAUGCACACCAGCUCAUCUCGCAGGGAAUGACGUUGCGAUGGGAGCACUUUGCCAACAUCUACGAGAGCGCGCGUGCAGCUUCGUACCUUCCCGGCUCCAGUGGCGAAACAGGUCGCGAGAAUCGCCAAGUUGCUUUUGUGCGUCAAUUUGCCAGCGUCGUGAGUCUCUUCCAGGACAAGACGGCCGAGCUCAUCGAGAUCCAGCGCGACAUGCACUCCACCAUCGACGAGCUCGGAAAGUGCGAGUACCGCACCGAAGAAUUUGCCCAACGGCUCAAAAAGGUCCAGGACACCAUCGACAAGCUCAACCUGGAAGGAUACCCCAACCUCGAAGAGUGGGUGGGCAACCUCGAUCGACUCAUCGAAGACGUUCUGCUUCGCAGACUCAAGUCGGUCAGCAUCGCCUGGUGCCGGGCCUUUGUACGUCAUGACUCGAGCCAUGGUGGAGCCAUCAUUGGAUCUGUCCGUGGGGAUCGAGGCUUCAAGAGCCUCAGCAACGGUGCUGGAUCUGCAGGCGUGGACGGCGAAAUCGGCGCAGCGGCAGAUCAGAUCGUCUUGGACCCCAUCACCCACGAAGUGCGCAUCCAGAAUCAGGUCAUCUUCCUCGACCCGCCUCUCGAAAACGCACGUGCGUCGUGGUUCCGACAGCUUCACGAGGUGCUCUCGGUGGUCUGCUGCCUCACGCGAGUACAGAGCUCGCGCUACGAGAUCGGACUCCACAUGCGCGCCAAACAAAGCGUUGCGGAGCAGGACUACACUUCGCUGCUCACCCGCUUCCAGGACGACUCGCUCACACGGCCCUUCGUGCUGAUCGAGGCCAAGCUGGCUGAAGUCGGAGGCUACGUGUCUAAGUGGCUUCAAUUUCAGUCGCUGUGGGAUCUCGAGUCGGAGCAUGUCUUUGCACGGCUCGGUGACUCGCUGGCCAACUGGCAGCAGCUGCUCGCAGAGAUUCGUCGCACACGCGCCACGUUCGACAAUUCGGACACCCAGCGCUCAUUUGGCAUCUGCAUCAUCGACUACGACCAGGUGCAGAGCAAGGUCAAUGCCAAGUACGACACGUGGCAGCGGGACAUUCUCAAUCGCUUCGGCACUAAGCUCGGCGCUGCCAUGCGCGAGGUGCACGCUGCCGUUGCGAAGGCACGCGUCGAGCUGGAGCAGCACAGCAUUGAAGGAAGCUCCACCGCUCAGGCUGUCACGUUUAUCACGUUUGUCCAGGACCUCAAGCGCAAGACCAAGGCAUGGCAGCCGCAGAUCGAGCUCUUUGGCACAGGCCAAAAGACGCUCGAGCGACAGCGCUACAUGUUCCCGCAGGACUGGCUGUAUGUCGACCAGGUCGAAGGAGAGUGGAGCGCAUUCCAAGAGAUCCUCAGCCGCAAGAAUGCCAGCAUCCAGGAGCAACUCGCCGGGCUGCAGAUGAAGAUCAUCGCCGAAGACAAGAUCGUGAGCGACAAGAUGACCACCAUCAUCAGCGAGUGGGAGCAGCAGAAACCCAUCCAAGGCACGCUCAAGGCCGACGGCGCCAUGAAUACCAUCAACGUCUUCGAGACACGCGUCUCCAAGCUUGCCGAAGACCGUGCUCUGGUGGUGCGUGCCAAGGAAGCGCUCGAUCUCGAGCACACACAGGAUGACCGCCUCGAACCCGUCUUUGAAGAGCUGCGCGACCUCAAGACGGUCUGGACGGCGCUAUCCGGCACGUGGUCUCAGCUCGCCGAGAUCCGCGACACGAAUUGGGGCAACGUGCAGCCACGAAAGCUUCGACAGCAGCUUGACGCCUUGCUGGCCCAGACGCGAGACAUGCCCAGCCGAAUGCGCCAGUACGCCGCCUUCGAGUACGUCCAGGAGCACGUGCGUGCUCUCCUCAAAAGCAACCCGGUCAUCUCGGACCUCAAAUCUGAGGCGAUGCGCGAGCGACACUGGCGUUCGCUGUUCAAGCAGCUCAAGGUGCAAGACCACUACUCGGCGAGCAGCAUGACGCUUGGCACCGUGUGGGAUCUCGAUCUCAAGAGGCACGACACCAUCAUAAAGGCAGUUGUCGCGCAAGCGCAAGGUGAGUUGGCCCUCGAAGAGUACCUCAAGCAGGUGCGAGAAACGUGGACCAACUACACACUCGACCUCGUCAACUACCAGAACAAGUGCAGGCUCAUCCGUGGCUGGGACAACCUCUUCCAGCUUGCUGGCGACAACCUCAAUGCGCUGCGCGCCAUGUCGAUGAGCCCGCACUACAAGGUGUUCGAGGAGGAGGCGUCGCUGUGGGAAGACCGGCUGUCCAAGAUCUCGGUGCUGUUCGACACCUGGAUUGACGUCCAGCGUCAGUGGGUCUACUUGGAAGGCAUCUUUAGCGGCAGUGCAGAGAUCCGCCACAUUCUCCCCGUCGAGAGCUCACGCUUCCAGAACAUUAACACCGAGUUCCUUACGGUGAUGAAAAAGGUGUACAAAUCGCCAUUCGUGCUCGAUGUGCUCAACAUUCCUGGCGUCCAGAAGAGUCUGGAGCGUCUUGCCGACCUGCUCAGCAAGAUCCAAAAGGCACUCGGAGAGUACCUCGAGCGCGAACGUGCAAACUUCCCACGCUUUUACUUUGUCGGCGACGAAGAUCUGCUCGAGAUCAUCGGCAACUCCAAGGACACGGCCCGCAUCCUGAAGCACCUCAAAAAGAUGUUUGCUGGCAUUGCUACCGUCGAGCUCGACGAAGGUGCCGGUAUGCUGACGGCCAUGAUCAGCCGCGAGGGCGAGUCAGUGCCUUUCCGUACGCCAAUCUUGCUCAAGGACUACCCCAAGAUCAACGACUGGUUGGCCAAGGUGGAAAGCGAGAUGCGCGUCUCGCUCGCCGAACUACUGUCCGAGGCUGCUGCUGAGCUCGAAUCAUUCUACACCAGCACGGACUCGCUCACUCUGGAAGCCUUCCUCGCAUGGAUUGCCAAGUAUCCAGCUCAGCUUGUGGUGCUGGCCGUGCAAGCAAGGUGGACGGCCAUGGUAGAUGAGGCGUUUGAGAGUGGCGCCGGUCUGCAGCAUCCUCUCGACGUGGUGUUGCGCGGCUUGGACUUGCUGGCGGACACGGUGCUGACCGAUGUCGAAGCGCUGCAGCGACGCAAGUGCGAACAUCUUAUCACCGAGCUCGUUCAUCAGAGGGAUGUGAUUCGUCUGUUGGUAUCGCAACGUGUCGAGAAUGCGCGCGACUUCAACUGGCUCUCGCAGAUGCGCUUCUACUUGAACCGUCAGGUGGAGAAGCCGCUCGACCGUCUCACUGUUCAGAUGGCCAAUGCUACCUUCCCCUAUGGCUACGAAUAUCUCGGCGUACCCGAUCGCCUCGUCCAGACUCCGCUCACGGACCGCUGCUACCUCACGCUCACACAGGCGCUCAACUACAAGCUCGGCGGUGCUCCCUUUGGUCCCGCCGGUACGGGCAAGACCGAGUCGGUCAAGGCGCUGGGUGUGCAGCUCGGCAUGUUCGUCAUUGUGUUUUGCUGUGACGAGACCUUUGACUUCCAAGCCAUGGGACGUAUCUUUGUGGGUCUCUGCCGAGUCGGUGCGUGGGGAUGCUUUGACGAGUUCAAUCGACUCGAGGAGCGCAUCCUGUCGGCCGUCUCGCAGCAGAUCCAGAGUAUCCAGCAAGGGUUGGCCGACUCGAGCGGAAGCGCAACGGGCAAAGAGAUCGAGCUUCUGGGCAAGCGUGUCCCUCUCAACGAUCGCGUGGGCAUCUUUAUAACCACCAACCCGACGUACGCCGGUCGAUCCAAUUUGCCGGACAACUUGAAGAAGCUGUUCCGCAAUAUGGCUAUGACGCAUCCGGAUCGCGAGCUCAUCGCGCAAGUCAUGCUCUUUUCACAGGGUUUCCGAACCGCCGAAACGCUGGCGUCCAAGAUCGUGCCCUUCUUCAACCUCUGUCUCGAGCAGCUUAGCCCUCAGCCGCAUUACGACUUUGGCCUGCGAGCGCUCAAGGCUGUGCUGGUCAGCGCCGGUCAGCUGAAGAGAGAACACAUGCUCAACGGCGGAGCCGCAGGCUACGAAGCCGAUAGCGUCGUUUCGAUCGACGUGUCGGAGCAAGAGAUCUUGAUUCAGAGUGUAUCGGAGACGAUCGUACCCAAGCUCAUCGCCGAGGAUGUGCCGCUGCUGAAGAGCCUGCUGUCUGAUGUCUUCCCUGGUGUCGACUACAAGCCGGUCAACCUCGAUGUGCUGCGGGGUCACAUUGCUGCUGUGUGCGCCGAGCGCCAUUUGGUCGAGGGUGGCCUGUGGACCGAGAAGGUGUUGCAGCUCUACCAGAUCCAAAAGAUCUCGCACGGUCUCAUGCUCGUCGGCCCGUCGGGCACGGGUAAGACGCAGGCCUGGCAGGUGCUCUUGGCUGCCCUAGAGCGGCUGGAAGGGCAGGAAGGCGUGUCGUAUGUCAUUGACCCCAAAGCCGUCUCGAAGGAGAGCCUCUACGGAACACUCGAUCCAACGACGCGAGAAUGGAACGAUGGUCUCUUUACUCAAGUGUUGCGCAAGAUCAUCGACAAUGUGCGUGGCGAGAGCAGCAAACGCCACUGGAUCGUAUUUGACGGUGACGUCGAUCCCGAAUGGGUCGAGAACCUCAACUCGAUGCUAGACGACAACAAGCUGCUGACGCUGCCCAACGGUGAGCGUCUCAACCUGCCGCCAAACGUGCGCGUAAUGUUCGAGGUCGAGUCGCUCCGCUACGCCACGCUGGCUACCGUGUCGCGCUGUGGUAUGAUCUGGUUCAGCGAUGAUAUUGUUCGUCCGUCGAUGGUGUACACGAGGUACCUGACGGGCUUGCGCUCAACGCCGAUCGAGGUGGAUGACGACGAGCUGGCCAGUGCGGUCCCUUCGCGCAGGGCUGCUGCUGCUGCGGCCGCGGCAGCAACUUCGUCGAGCGGAACGAGCGAGGUAAGUCCGGAUCUGCAGGUGCAGAGGGCGGUGGCCGAUGCGUUGGCGCCCUUCUUCGAGGAUGACGGCCUGGUAAAUGGUGCGCUCGAGUUUGCAAGGACGGUUCCACAUAUCAUGGAUUUCACCGAAGCGCGUGCGCUCUCGACGCUCUUCUCAUUGAUCAACAAGACUAUCCGCAAUAUCCUGGACUACAACACGCAGCAUCCGGACUUCCCGCUGGGUGCAGACCAAAUCGAAGCGUACGCUACGCGCCGGCUUCUCAUCGCGCUCGUGUGGGCCUUCACCGGCGACGCCAAACUCGAUGUGCGUGCCGAGAUGGGCGAGUAUCUGCGCGGCCACACUGGCGUCGACCUGCCCCCCUUAGGUCCCGGUUCUUCGCUCAUCGAUUAUGAUGUUGGCUUUGCGGGUCAGUCGGUCGAGUGGACUUCGUGGCUAUCCAAGGUGCCUACGAUUGAGAUCGACACGGCUGCUGUCUCGUCGGCAGACGUGGUGGUGCCGACCAUCGACACGGUGCGUCACGAGGACGUGCUCUACUCGUGGCUCUCCGAGCACAAGCCGCUCAUGCUAUGUGGACCUCCCGGUUCGGGUAAGACGAUGACGCUGUUUUCGGCGCUGCGCAAGUUGCCGGAUAUGGAGGUGGUGGGUCUCAACUUUUCGUCUGCUACGACGCCCGAGCUGAUCCUCAAGACAUUUGAGCAGUACUGCGAGUACCGAAAGACGCCCAACGGAAUUGUGCUGUCGCCGACGCAGAUCGGACGAUGGCUGGUUCUAUUCUGCGACGAGAUCAACUUGCCGGCCACGGACAAGUAUGGUACGCAGAGGGUGAUCUCGUUCCUGCGCCAGCUGGUCGAGAGUGGAGGUUUCUGGAGGAUUAGCGACAAGGCGUGGGUCAAGCUGCAACGCAUCCAAUUCGUGGGAGCGUGCAACCCUCCGACGGAUCCUGGCCGUGUCCCGCUCUCGCAUCGAUUCCUGCGCCAUGCGCCGCUCAUCAUGGUCGACUACCCGGGCGAGAUCUCGCUCAACCAGAUCUACGGCACGUUCAACCGCGCGCUGCUGAAGGUCACGCCCAACCUGCGCGGCUAUGCAGAACCGCUGACGGCGGCGAUGGUGGACUUCUACCUGGCGUCGCAACGACGGUUCACGCCGGAUAUCCAGGCGCACUACAUCUACUCGCCGCGAGAGCUGACGCGCUGGAUGCGCGGGAUUUACGAGGCGAUCAAGCCGUUGGAGAGUCUCAGUGUCGAAGGGCUGGUGAGGGUGUGGGCGCACGAAGGGCUGCGGCUGUUCCAGGACCGACUGGUGGGGACGGAGGAGAAAGUGUGGACGGACGGGCAGAUUGAUCAGGUGGCAGCCGCACGAUUCCCGACGAUCGACACUGCGUCUGCAUUGACACGGCCCAUCCUGUUCUCCAAUUGGCUGAGCAAGGAGUACAAGAGCGUGGAUCGCGAGAGCGUUCGCGAGUACGCCAAAGCGAGACUGAAGGGCUACUCGGACGAAGAACUGGAUGCGUCGCUGGUGCUGCACGACUCGGUACUGGAUCUGGCGCUGAGCUGCGAUCGGGUGCUGAGGCAGCCGGCGGGGCACUUGCUGCUGAUCGGUGCGUCGGGCAGUGGGCGCACGACAGUGACGCGCUUCUGUGCCUGGAUGCGUGGCCUGUCGCUAUUCAGCAUCAGCACGUCGAACAAGUAUACGGAGGAGCACUUUGACGACGAUCUGCGUGCGUUGUUGCGCCGCGUGGGAUGCAAGGGCGAAAAGGUUUGUUGGACGAUCGACGAGUCACAGAUGUCCAACGCUGCGCGCUUGGAGAAGCUCAACACGCUGCUGGCGAAUGCCGAGGUAGCAGGUCUCUUUGAGGGUGAUGAACACUCGAGUCUGGUCAGCCAGCUGAAGGAAGCGAGUCAGCGGCAGGGGUUGAUGCUGGAUGCCGAGGAGGAGCUGUUCGCGUUCUUCAGGGCGGAGAUUAUGAGGAAUCUGCAUGUGACGUUGACGAUGAACCCGCCCGAGGGCGGGACGGGGGGCAAGGCGGCUGCUAGUCCCGCCUUGUUCAAUAGGACGAGUAUUAUGUUCUGUUGGUAG